AUGAAAUCAAGGAAUGGACCUGAACUCUUCUUCGUCUGUGCCUUCGUGUGCCGCAUCAGAGAAUGGGGAACAGUUUCCAGCACUUUUCCUGAUGGAACUGUUUACAUGUGCGUUAGUCCCAAGGAAGGUCUUUUAGCCGUUGGUAGUGAGAGUGGACGGAUUCAUGUGAUAGCGUUCUCGUCAUCACCAUCUCCUUUUGUUCAUCUCCUUACAAGAGAUUCAAGGAAACUAAGUAAAGUUACGUGUUUGGCUUGGUCUACUGACUCUAAAACUCUCUAUUCCGGACAUGUUAAUGGUCUCAUCCUGGCACAUCAUACUGGGGCUAACUAUUUCUUCCGCUCAUCUUGUACAACUCUAGCAACUUUCAAUGACGGAGACAUUGUUCAGCUGGACGUCAAUAGUUCUAAAGUAUUAGUAUCUACUCAACGAGCAUCAUACAUUUGUGAUAUUGACGGAAAGAAUAUCAUCCAAAUUGGGAAGAAGAUUCGAAAUGGGCCUAUGGGUGCUUGUUUUUUUCCAUCCGGUACUAAGAAUUUCAUAGAAACGGUUGAUGGUUUUGUUUUGGCAGCGCGGCCUAAUGGACGAGUUUGGGAAUCCAACUUCGCAGGAGUUGUCUACAGUGACUUAAUGGUUAUGGUUACGUUCUUCCAAACAGAAAUGAUACUGUUGCGCAUAAAAUGUUGGCACUACUCAGCCAAAGCUCUUGGCGAGAAAUAUCCUUCAUACUUCUGUGCUAACGUACCUUUCGUUUUAUCUGUUUUCGGGUCAUAUUUAGUCAUUUUUGAUGUCGAACAAUCAAAAAUCGUUCUCCUAAAUAUUUCUUGUUGGUGUGUUUGUGGUCCCGAUGUUUUUGUGCUGUUACGUGGUGCAUCGAUCCCUCGCAAGUACACCUUGUGUUGCCGUACAACGGUUCUAAAGAGAUUACUUGCAAAAUCUCUGUUUACUCAGUCUGCGGAUUUUAUCCUUCACUUUAAAACGUGUUUUUGGCCAAAUGACCUUGUCAGUAUUGCGGUAGAUUCUCUUCCUCAAGUAUCGAAGGAGGCAGAGGUGGAGCGACUUCGACUUGAGCUCUCUAAACUACUACAGAGGCAGAAUAAUUUAUUACUUGAUGUUACUAAUGAGUUCGAAGGAGCACAAAGCAUUACAGAAAAUCCUUCUGUUAGUCGCCAUGAAAAUAGCGGAUCAGAUUGUGGUGGGGUAAAAACCACUGCAGGGACAACAAAGGAUUCUCGCUGCCAGAUUGAUGAAAGCGAUUCGCUGAAAACGUUACUGCAGUUGGAGAGUAAUCAAGAGAUCGAAGCUGUGCAAUUCGUUCCUACGAUCACGGUUGGGAACGCUGCAAAAUCUCUUGCUCAGCUUGCCAUCAGUACUCCAACUAGCUUCUCGUGUUUUGAACCGACAGGGAAUGGCAAUGCGUCCACUCCAAAGGAUAAUAGCACGAUGCCACGUCGUUUUGGUCCCAAUAUAGUCAAAACCGUUAGGCCAUAUAAAGUGAAGAUUAGCUUGCUCUCUGAAGUUGCUGUGAGGAAAGAUAUCUCUGAAGAAAGCAAAAAUCAAAUAAAUGCAAACAAUCUUUCGAGCAUUUCGUCUGUACCAGUAGAGAAAGAGUCUAUGGUUCCACUUCACGACAACGAAAAUAAUGUAGAAGCACAUUGGGUAAUAGAUCGUCUUGUAAAUUUACAAAGCGAAAUAGGACAAGGACACGAUUCACUUGAUCUCACUCCCGAGAAUGUCCACCCUAAUCGUAAAAAAACUCUUGAACGUUGCUUGUCAGUAGACGAAGAUAGGUUAUUGCAUAUUCUGUUUGGCAGUUGCUUCAUGUUAUCGGACGAAGAUGUCUGUAGAAACUGCUCAUCUUCCCCUGACGGUGCUCACUCCACAGCCGUGAGUGAAAACGACGCCAAAUAUCCUAAUAAAAUUCGGACAUUUGAUCAUGAAAGCUCUUGUGAUAAAUAUCAAGAAAUGCUUUCUGUGAUGGAUUGGUUACUGGAUUUGGAUGCCAGAGUGAUUAUGGCCAUUGCUUCCUUGGUCAUAGGAUAUCAGGAAUUGAUAUCGCUUGUUAAAGAGAGUCCGUCAUUGUUGAGCUCACUUCUUCCUGAGCACUGGUCUGCACUCACAUUUCUAUGUGUUCGUGACCAAGCAAUGAAGAAAAACGAAGUUUCAGCUAAGGUGAUCUCUGACAUUCUGCAUAGUUUUUCUUUGGAUAGAUUUGUUAACGUCGAUUAUUCGAACACCGUUGUGCUUGGGAAGCUAGGUGGUAUUAAGAAACAAAUGCCGAUGUACAGCUGGAUUAUUGACUGCAAUAAGUGCUGCUUUACUCCUAUAAAUAAGAUUAUUCAAACAAAGCGACGAAGUGAAAUGUAG